CAUAAUCUCUGCAGAAGUUUAAAUAAGGACUUAUUUCCGGUUUAUACUUCUGCAACAUGAGCAAUGAUCGUUCUAAAAUUAAGGAUAAAGGAAAGAUGAAGAUACUUUUGUUGCUUCAUUUAUGCUGUGAUUUAUUGGCAGUGAAACACUCACUGAAGUAUUUUGUCUGUGGAUCUUCUGGACUCCCAAAUGUUCCGGAGUUUAUUGCUGUAAUGGUGUUUGACGGCAUUCAGACAGGUUAUUGUGACAGCAGCAAUAAGACAUUAAAACCACAACUGGACUGGGCAAAGAAAAUAUUACAAACUAAUCCUGAGCAGCUGGAGUGGUACACUCAGAAGUGUUUCGAGGACCAGCCAAAUGUCUUCAGAGGCCAAAUUUUUAGAUGGAAGCAGCGUUUCAACCAAAGUGGAGGUGUUCACAUCAUACAGAGAAUAAGUGGAUGUGAAUGGGAUGAAAACACUGACAGUGUGACCGGAGUGUUGAAGUAUGGCUAUAAUGGAGAAGGCUUUCUUGAAUUUGACAUGAAGACACUGACGUGGAUCGCACUGAAACCAGAGGCUGACAUGAUCAAACUGAAAUGGGAUGCUGAUCGGAUCAGAACAAUAAAGAACAAAGACUUUCUCACUAAGAUCUGUGCAGAGUGGCUGAAGAUGUAUGUGGACAAUGGGAAAAGAUCCCUGCACAGGACAGUUCUUCCCUCAGUAUCGCUCCUCCAGAAAACUCCCUCCUCUCCAGUCAGCUGCUACGCUGCAGGUUUCUAUCUUGACAAAGCCGUGAUGUUCUGGAGAAAAGAUGGAGAUGAGAUUCAUGAUGGUGUGGAAAAAGGAGAUAUCCUCCCAAACGAUGAUGGCACCUUCCAAAUUAUUGUUGAUCUGAAUAUUUCAUCAGUCAAACCUGAAGACUGGUGGAGAUACGAGUGUGUGUUUCAGUUCUUGAGUGGUGAGAACAUCAUCGUCACCAAACUGAAGCAAAUAAUGAUCAGAACCAACUGGAGAGAAAACAUACUUAGGACUGGCAGAGGUGAGUGAAGCUCAUUUGAUUCAUUUGCUGAUAUUGUGGAUUGGCUAACGUGAUGCUUGAAUGUUUUGUCCUGAAGAAUAGCCAUUACUAUGGGAAUAACUAAUGGGGGUCAUCACAGAAGGAAAAAAAAAAGUUAUUUUAAUAUUUUUUCACUGGUUAAAUGCAAUCCAUUACUGCUCUUAACCUUCUUAAGAAAAUAUUUUUCAGAAUUUGUUUAGACCAUGUAAAUGACAGUGAUUUUUGGAAUUUUAUAUUUCAAUUUUUUCCCAAAAUGUCUAUUUUUUAUUAUAAUUUAUAAUAAAAAAAUGUCUAUAAUCCACAAAUACGGAUUUGGGUAUAUAAUGACUGGGUAUUGUGUUAGAAACAAAGGUACAACAAAGGUAUGCAACAUUGCUGACUCUGAAUUCAGAAACACCUCGACUUCACCUAACACCUAACUUCAGAGCUGGGCCCUAAUGUAUGGCCCCGACUUUGGAACACAGGGCAUGCUGCAUGUGGGAUUGUUUUUUUGUUUUUCAGUUUCAGAGAGGCGACCUACAUCAUGUAAGUACGACUUCAUUGUUUGUUAUUUGUAUUUUCCGCUUUGGUCUGACAGUUUGGAUUUAAAACAUUAUUUGUGUAACCGAUAUAUUUUUUUCUUUGGCUUUAACAGCUCCUGACAACAAUGUUGAACAGAUUCAACUGAAUCAGGUUAAAUAGACAAACGCAGGACUCUGCACUCUCCAGUUAAAUAAGAAUAAAGUUGUUUUUUUUUAAUUUUGUUAUAUGAACUUGACUUUUGUUUACUUUUUAAUUGUUUUAUUUAAAAAAAAGAAGUUCAAAUGUUUACAAUACAUUUAGGCAUUUUCAUUUUUGUCUACGAGUCUCUGUAUCAUUACAGCUAAAACUGUUUUGUUCUGUUCCAAGCUUUUGUAGGGACAACAAAUUUGUUAGAGUGGUGCUGUCUUUCUAUUUCUGUUUCUUUAGAACCGCUUCAUUUUCUAUUGAUUGUUGUGUUUUAAAUGUGAGAUUCUGUGUCAUGUGAUACCAGUGAUAUGUUUCUCAGAAGAUUUUGAUUUAUCAAAACUGUUAAAGCUGCUCUCUAUGUUUGAGUGCAGUCAGUGAAAAGAAAUCCACAAAAAGAGAUUUUUGUGUGUAGUUUCAUAUAUUGUCCUCUGUUUUUAUUAUAUUUGAUUUAAGUUUUGUUAUUAAAUAUGUUUUGUCAUAUUAAAGUUAUCCGUUUAAGCUUCAGUCUGUUUAACUUUCUGGACGUUUUGUUUGUUUGAAUGUUUGUUUGUGUUUCAUGGAAAAAAGAAAAAAAGAAUCUCAUAUUUUAUUUAGAUUUUUUGGAAUUGAUUUUCUCAGCUACAUAAACAGGAUCUAUCUUAUGUAUUAUAAUUAUUGAUGUCAAAAUAAAAUCAAAAUAAGUAAAGUCCAACAGAGGGAAGAGUGUGCCGUUCUUACAAUUAUAGAUGAUUUAUUUUCUCAAACUUCUCAAGAAGCGGCAACAACAUCUGUAAAUUAUGGAGACUGCAAUGUGUCAUUCAUUCUGUUGGUCCCUAAUGUGCAUACUGGGGUAAUAUUUAGGAAGAAAAGUGAAAAAUAAAAUCAAUUAAU